AUUUGGGUCCUGCUCCCGAGAUUGCUUAACAGCAAACCCCUAACCCCUUUCUCCUCUUGCAACAAUGGGUGGACCCUUUAACCAAACGGUUUGCUCUUCAUCAUCUCCAUCGCUAUCUACUUGGAGAAGCGAUAACUUCGAGAGAACCCGACAACAAUGGCGUUCAUCUUCUUUCUUAUGUUGUACAUCACUUAAUCGCGGUUAUCUGUCGCCUGCAUUCUCUUCCACGCUUUCAAAUACAUCAUCCAAACUCCAAAAGUCUCUUCAAAUUGUCGCGUGCGUCCCUUCGUCACAGCCAGAGAAGACUACCACUACCUUCACCAACUCUACGAAGCUCUUUGUCAGUGGACUCUCCUUUCGUACAUCUGAAGAGGGCUUACGUAAUGCUUUUCAGUCAUUUGGGCAGCUCAUUGAUGUGAAUCUGGUGAUGGAUAAGAUUGCUAAUAGAUCAAGAGGUUUUGCUUUCCUUCGGUAUGCAACAAAGGAGGAAUCUGAAAAGGCCAUUGAGGGUAUGCAUGGAAAGUUUCUGGAUGGAAGGGUUAUAUUUGUCGAAUACGCGAAAACCAAAUCUCAACUCCAUCAAGGCGUCAAACAAGAUUCAAAUCCGUAAUGAGUGUAAUUUUUAUGCAUUAAGGACAAAUAUUUACCAAGAUACAUAAAAUACCAUAAAAUGUAUGAAAGGGUGUACAAAUUUAAAAUAAUAUAUCAUUUUGUAAGGGUAGGUUAAAA